GGAAAGAAAGAAUUAACAUGGCGUCUCAGAAUAUUCCACUGUACACCCUCGAAAAUACUACUACUUCUGGUCCUCAGACUGAGUUUGCACAGGGAGAUAUAAACAAGGUUUUAUCUACCACAGCUGCUGGGCUUUCGAUAAUCGGAGCCCUUGUCAUCAUAAUCACAUUCGUGAUGUGGCCCGAUUUGAGAACAAACUCACGCAAUAUUAUCUUGUUUAUAUCAAUCGGCGAUCUUUUCGUUGCAAUCACGAACAUCGUCGGCGUUUAUGGACACUCUCAUAAUUUAACGUGCGAAAUUGAAGCAACAUUAAACAUCGUGGCUAUUUUGUCGUCGUUCUUUUGGACUGUCUUCUUGUCGGUUUACUUCUACGUGACUAUUUGCAGGAAAAUCUCAUUGGAGAUGGAGGCUCGAAUGAUGAGGUUUUUCCACGUAACAGCUUGGGGGAUUCCUCUCUUAUUAGCAGCAAUAGCCCUUGGCGACAGAGCAGUAGGAAAUUCAAACGAUUUCGUGUCUUCAGGGUGGUGUUGGAUAAAAUACAGGCAAGAUUGGUGGAAGAUGAAGUUGUGGAUGUUCCUUGCCGGAAAGGGCUGGGAGAUCUUAGCUUAUGUUACCAUUUGUGUGUUUUAUGUGUUGGUCAAGUUGCAAAUAAGGCGAGAGGUACGAAUGAUUUAUAGGAUGAAAUGAUAGGAUAGAAGGGGAAUUAAUACAAAUAAGAAUUGAAAAUAUAGUCCUUCGUGUUCAAUUGAUUUAUAAUGGUAAUUGAACUGAGUGGAGUGCAAUUUGUACAGGUAAUCACAUGAUUUCGAGUGCAACUUGGAACUAAUAAGCACGAGUAAAUUUUUUCAAAGGCUAACAUAGCUUUAGCUUUAAGAUAGCUUUAAAAUCUCUUUGAUAGGGAGUCAACAUGCGUAAACUACGUGCAAAAAUAAAUUAUUCAAAUGCCGCAAAUAUCAUCACAAGUGCAGUCAAAACAACAUUUUGCUCGAUGUUUUUAAAGUUUGCAAGCUGCAGAAACGGGCUGAACAGUUCAUGGAAUUGUUCAGUGUGUUUGAAUUAAAGAUUUUGGGUUAUUACCUCAAGUUUUCCACUCUUCCAGAGAAUUUCUUCUUCUUGCCCCUCUCAUACUUGUUGAGCUUUGUUUGGGCGCUUACCACGGCCAGCCAAGCGAAGCUGUUUCUCUUUGUCCUCUAACACCUCUUUGGACGAACUAAAUUCUCAGUCACAUACAAUGGACAGGGUGCAGCCUCUGUUCUUUAAGUGUCUAUCAAGCAAUGCCAUCAUUACUUUAAGGCUUUCUGGUUCAUAAUCUUCACCUUUUUAUUUCGGCAUAGAAAUGCUCGAGCAAAGUGUCAAGCUCAGCCGGCUCAUAAUUUUCUAUUUCAUCAGUACUUUCGUUAUCUACGCACCAAUUCUUCCAGACAGAGAGCCAAAAACCAGUGCUUUUCCCCGUGUUUUCGUUUUUAGAACAGUUUUUAAGCUCCUCUAAAGUUGUUUCGGUCGCAAAAGCAAAUGCACUGCAAACACCAACCAUUGCGGCUUUUGCUCGAAACUGGUCCGGAGCGGAUCCAAUUUUUGCGCCUUUUAGAAGGCGCAUUUGAUUGGUUCUCAGUGAGUUCCUUUGUUUAUUAGCCAAUCAGAAUGUCACGUUUGUUACUCUUUUCUGCAAUAAAUUACCUUUUUUCUGCACUCAAUUACCUUCUUUCUGCACUCUGUUACCUAAAAACUGCAUUUCUGUUAGCCAAUCACAAUCGAGAAAUUUCUUCAUGUAUAUUAUUAGGUCUGAAGUCAUACAAGUGAUUUCAAAAUGGGACAAGCAUGCAGCCCAGGUUCAAUUUGAAAUCACAAGUAUGAUUUCAGUCCAAAAUUGCACUCCACUCGUGCUAAAGAAAUGGUGCAAUUUAAAACAGAAAGGAAAUGAAAUGAAAUGAUGCAAUUUAAUUAAUGGAUUGGUUUUCUGAUAUUGGUUUGUAUCUAUUGAACAUGCUGGGAAAUAGAUAUAUGAAAAUUCAUUGAAAACAAUGCAAUAUUGCAAGGCUUGGCUCUUAAACUCAGUAGCUCCAAAUGAAAUCCACAGUGCAUAGUAUUAUUUUAAUUUUUACACAAACUAUUAGAUUUCCUUACCACCUGUAGUUAAAAGUACCUCAUUGUAACCAUCAGGUGUUGCUAUCUCUGUAUUACCUCCCUUCAACUUCCACCCCCUCUCCACCUCCAGGGAAGGUACUCCAGAUUUCAAGUGACAGGGAUGAUCGAAUAAUGGCAAAAAUCAAAACCCAAAAAAAAACCCCGACCAAAAAUUAAAACCCCAAAAAACUCCCAUGCAGAAUCCGAGUCUAAGAAAUUCCAGAAGGCAUCAAAUGAUAUAAAACAAAAAAUAAAAACAUUGUAAAUUGAAUGUUUGUGUUUGUUUUUUCAUCAUACCAAUAUCUGAAAUUAUCAUUUGCAGACUCUACCAUGAAUCUUCAGAUUGUUUUGAAUGCCAAAAAAAAUCCUUACUUAAAUCAAGCCACCACUGGAAUCGAAAAUUUCAAACCCAGAAAAAUCCUCUGAUCAUUCCUCCUGGGCUUGAUUGGCCUUAACUUAAGUAAGGUUGACCAAAAUUAGAGCUUGGUUUGUCCCAUGAAAAGUUUGACUAGGCCUUAAUUUUUAAUACUGAAAAGGUUGUUCUCCUGCCAUGGUGAAAACAAUAGCUGAUUAACAACAAAUUCCAAAACUCAGAGCAAAAAAAAUUAAAUAUUUUGUUUGAAAUAUCACUCAAACUUCAUCAGCGAUUGUAAAAUGAGUGAGAUUUGGAUACAUAAUUUAAAUGUUAGAAGUACAAUGUUUUAUCAACUGAAAUUUUGACUAGGCAUAUUUUAUUAAUUUAUAUGGUUUUGUACUACACGAUGGUGUAGCACUCUUCAGGUUAAAUAGCCUAAAUUAUAUAUGUUAUGUAUUCCCAAGAAAGGAAUUGUAAAAGGCCAGGUGUUCUCUUGUUCCUCAUUAGAGAGGGUUUUCUCUGUUUGAUAGCAAUGCCUUUUGACACCCCACCUAAUGGCUUAAAACUUUAACAUUGUGUGUCAAUAAUAUUCAUCAUACAUCAUUUUUGUUUUGAUUGAAGCUAACUGUUAUCUUUAUUCCAUCCAACUAUCAAGCAUUUGUCAGUCACCUUCUAAGAGAGCGUCUCCAAUUGGUGUUUUAAGAUUUAGGAGUGGAGAUGAAUAAUAAUGAUAAGUUCUAGAGUUCAACAAUUUUGCUAUGUGGAAUUCAGGAAUUUCUUUUUUUUUUGUUUUAAUCACUGAUACCCAGUAAGAACAGUGAGCUGCGGUAAGCUAUGUCAAUACUAAAAUUAAAAACUGAGUUGUUUUCUGAUUCUUAUAUAGAAGUGAAUAUGGAUUCUCUUUAGCCCUUUAACUGCAAGAAGUGAUUAGCAUAUAACUUCUCCUUUUUACGUUUAAUACCUUGUCCAACAGAUAGGGGGAGAAUAGGCAAAUUUAUCAGCCAAAGGAUACCAUAUUGAUAUAAUCCCAAAUUCUCUUAACUAUUGAGCAGUAAAAUGUAUUACAGCCAGAAAACAGAAUUACUAAUAAGAUCUUGGGAGUCUUUAAAAAAUAUUGCCCAUCACAUCAACUCACCUUCAUCUUUUAUUUUCUUUUUAUUGACUUUCCAUAGAUGAAAAUGGGAAUUGCUUCAGGAGGCCAUUUUUUAACCCUCAAGUCUAUUGAGGUAGUAAAAAAGGCAGAUCGUAAGUUAACAUUCAUACCUGUGGUGUUUAUUUUACUGCGUAUGUGGGGAACCAUAAGAUUUUUCCGUUUCCUGGCUUAUCACCCUGAAAACCCUCCAGCAUUAAAGUGGCUUGUUAUACUUCAUGUAAGUAUGAUGGUGAAAUCUUCUCUUUAUAAUGAAUGAUAUGUCUACUAAACACUCAGAUUCAUUUUAGGCCACAAAGGUUUGGGAUCAGGCAGGUUUUUACUUUAAAAAUCCCUAAUAAAAGUCAACAACACAAGGAUGUUUCACAUUCCCUUUGUGCAUGUUAAAGACAUCAACAAACUAAUACCUCAAUCACCUCAAGUUCUUGACUGCUUAGCAAUCCUCUCAAGUGCUUUCACAAAUCAAUAGUACAUGCUGAACUGUUUACUGUGCAUUUUAUAACAUAACCUAAACUCAGGAAAACCUUUGAAUUUGCUAACACUGAUAGUAGCCCAUAUAUGCCAACUCUCCCAGAUACAGCCCUGUUCUCCUGCUCUCCUGUACAGGUCACCAAAACUCACAGAUAAAAUGGACUUUUGAGCUUUUCUUUGCUUUAGUUUGAAAUUUAGCCCAUUUUUUUUCCUCAUAAUUCAAUCUUUGUUAUUCAUUGUAUGGUUUCUGGGACAUUUUUGCAUGUAGUUAGUCACUGAUGACAAAGAAUAUUUUGUCAUUACAAUGAUAAAAGCAAAUUUUGAGAGCAUUUACGUCAUGUAAGGCUUCAUAAAAUGUCCUAAGCCAUGGCGGCUGGGUCAAUUUGUGGUUGAGCACCUAUUCGAUGCAGAAAUAAUAUUGUAGAAGGAAUGCUGUCAAAAACUUUGUUGAGUGGCAACAAUAACAUGAUCUUUACUGUAACUGAUAAUAACUUUCUCAUUUAUAUUUUAAUCAAUUCCAGGGUAUUGGAGACAGCAGCCAGGGUUUUGCCAACUUUUUCUUAUUUUGUUUGUUCACUGACAAAAUAAGGAAAAAAUUCAGACAAUGCUGUGAGCGGUUCAUACCAAGGUGCAGUGUUGAGGAGAAAGAUCCUAUGUUAGAGAGCACAAACUUGGCAUAUGGGGCAAGAGAUUUCUACGCUUAAAUGGUAUUCUUCAUGUCAUUAGCCAUGACAUAGUUUAGCUAUCCAUUUAUGAUCAACACUGGUAGCAGCAACCAUGUUAUUUAGUUUGCAUCUGCCUUGAAUAGCUUGCAGGGCUUCUGAGAGAAUAAGACCACUUCUCACAUGCAGCCAGAGGUCAGCCUUUUUGUUGGGUACAUGAACCCUCACUCAAGAGCUCUGAGGAACCAUUGGUGUCUGACCAAUCACGUUCAUGGUACCCCAGCUCCAGGGAUCCAAUCUUGAUAAUAUUAUCAAGGAUUAAAUGUGCAUACAGCUUCUCAGCGGGAUGUUCACAUGAUUACAAAAUAAAUUCUGGCACCCUAGAGAUCAGGCAAAUGACAACCUUCUUACACUACUUUACCUACAGUUUCGUUAUCUGACCCCUGAUUGGUUUUUUGCUUGUCUCGUGAAGACAUUCCAGAGAUGUUUCUGGUGUUCAUGGUUUUUUUAAAGUCAAAUGUAGGAAUCAAUACCUUUGUCUUUCCAAUUAUAUUGUACAGCUUUUAAAAAGUGCUAUUAAUAGUUUUGGCUUAAUAAUUAAGAACUAAAGCUUGGCAAUUCACUCAUUUAAGUUAGUUAUUAUAAGUUUAUAAAGGUAACUAAAGAAAUAGUAAUUGUUACUGCUAUUAUUGCUUGUCCACUUGUUUAAGGUAACCAAAAUACUGGGGUAACCAUAACACUCAGCAAGGCCGUUACCCUAACCCCGGGGGGGUAUUCCUGGAAUUCAUGGUAGAGGUGUGCUGCCUAGUUCUCCAAAUCCCG